AUGUCGCAGAGCGCGUACCCACCGCCAGAUCAGGACGCGCCGCAUCCCUACUCGCCGCUCUACCCGCAGCAUCCCAAUGCGCAGCUGCUGGACGGGCAGCCGCCGCGCGGAGUGCCAUAUCCACCACCACCACCACCGGAGGCGUACCCAAAGCUCGAGAACAUCAACGAGGUGCUCCAGGCGCAGGCCCUCCACGCGAACCAUGCCCUGACCGACCAACGCCCACCGCCGCCCGGCCAGGCGCAGAUAGCCGCGGUGCAGCAGCAGCAGCAGCAGAACACCCGGCCCAACCGUCUGCGUAAGGCCUGCGAUUCGUGUAGCAUACGAAAGGUCAAGUGCGACGAGUCUGGGCCGCCGUGUAGAGCUUGCGCCGCGCUGGAGAUACCAUGCACCUUCGACCGCCCCAGCCGCAGACGAGGACCUCCCAAUCGCCACGCUGAAGCCAUCAAAAAGCGCCGCCUGGAUGACAGCGACCCAGCCUCAGCCUAUGCGUCACCGCAGUCACCCACGAACGCCGCCCACGCCCUGGCCCAGCUGCAGUCGUCGAGUCCCACCCAGCUGUCCGCCGAGACGAUAUGUCCCCUCAACACCAUGAACGCCUUGAUCGACGACUUCUUCACGUACAUACAUCCGCUAUGUCCCUUCCCGCACGAGCCGUCGUUCCGAGAAGCCUGGGCUCGCCGUGAAGACUACACCAAUCCGUCUUUCCUCGCUUUGCUGGCGUCCAUGAUCGCCUGUCUGGUCUCUUCGUUCCCACGCAAACCUCGUCUUCAUCUGAAGACACAAAUCCGAAAAGAGUAUCCGUCUCAUCUCUCGCUGGUGGACAAGUGCCGCGAGGUGUGUGCUCAGGCGCGAGGACCGGGCUAUCUUGACCGGCCCACCCUGAAUGUAUACGAUGCCUGCACGAGCUAUUUCCUAGGAUUGACGGGCGCGUAUGUCUUUCAAUGGCGUCAACUGCGCCUGUACCUCGCCGAAUCUCUCACCAUCAUCCGUUCGUUGGGUCUUCACAAGGCGCAUGAACAAGGCUACACACAUCUGGGAGCUGUACCGAGCGCAUGGGGCUCGAAUGGACCCAACUACGAUGGCGCACGCGACUUCAAGCUGGACCACAUCACUGAGCAGAUCGGACGAAGAUUGUUCUGGACCGUCUUCGCCGGCGUACGAACGAUACAACAGCUUGGUGCAUCAUUCGGCGAGCUUACCGUUGCGCCUGCGACGCCAACUGAGCCCCUACCUCCUCUUCCUGUCGAAGUUGACGACGUUCACAUUUUUCCAGAUGCGAUUCAUCCUCAGCAGCCUGGCGUUGUUCCUAUCAUUGCAGGCUUCAAUGUCAACGUGCGCAUCUUCCUGUCGUACUCUACUCUCUCCACAGCUGAGAUGGCGUUUGGCGUGGAUGAGAUCUUCGACUGGGACCGACAACAGCGCAUAUUUGAGCAAAGCUUGCAACGCUGCAGGCAGAUCCUUGACACUCUCCCGGAUGUCCUUAAGGUGCAGUCGAAAGCUGCACGUGAAGACAUCGCCCAACUCGCACAGCCGAAGCAGCCCUACUUCCCACCAUUGCCAGACUUUGAUGGCAUACGUGACCCUGCGCUGAACAACUUUACGUCUGCCGAAGCUCAAGAUCUACGUCGCUACGAGAUCCAGAAGGCGAACGUAUAUGCUACUCACCUAGCGACACGCUCCUACCUUGUGGAGAAGUACUUCAUGCUUCUGGAGAAGGCAAAGGCUAAAGCUCAGAACAACGUUCAGAGCUCACCCAACGCCCUUUCAACCGGGCUGGACAGGUUUGUGUCGAGUGGUGCCGUUGACACUGAAGCCCUCGAAAAGACAAUGUCUGAAGAGCAAGAGCUGGUCGUCAAGGACCUACUUGUGGUUCUCGGCGCCAUCGAUAUGGUGAACAUGGAGCCCAACGGCGAUUCAUUCGUAAGUAUACUGCUUCACUCGCGAGACUCUGAUUUCCUGUAUGAAGCCGAUGACCUCAGCCUCUCAUGUCCGACUCACUUUAUCUUGGGCGCACAAAAUCUCAGCCCGAUCGCAAGCUUACGAUUUGUUCCGACACAGACCCAGAAGAUUCGCUCGAUCGCCAGCACGCUACUCGAUGUACCAAAGGAGAGGAAAGGCAGUGUCGCCCUGCAGCAUCAAGACUAUCUCUAUAAGUUCCUCGAUAUCUUGAGCAAGUUGGAGCGGGUCAGCCCAGAAGCAAGCGACCCAUCGGCCGAUGUCGAUGAAGAGACCGAGCUGAGACUGUGGGCCGAUCUGAGAGACCAUCAGUUAAAGUUCCAGGCGCAAGGAGGCGUGUACGGAUUCGCAUAA